AUGGGUAUUGCAAAGGGUACUAGAAUCUAUUUAGAAGAUGGAUCACUCAAGAAGAUCGAGAACAUUAAUAUUGGAGAUAUGAUUUUACAACCGGUUGGUCCUGCUAUGGAAGUUCUGGAAAUCAACUCAAAAUCAGAAAAACUAGUCAAAGUUGAACAAAUCACACAACAUAGAAGAACAGAUGCCAAUGGAUUUACGAAACCUGUCUAUGAUAUUAUUAAUUUAAGAGCUAGCGAAGACCAAGUAAUUAUGACUAGCUCCAAAAUGGUGGCUGGUAUCUUUUUAGAAAACCAGAACCCAGCUAAACCAUUGAAUGACAGAAGAAAUGCUGCUACUGCUACUGCUGCCGUCGAUGAUCUAACCUUAUUUGUUUCCGAGGAAGAGGAGGGAAAUUUAACAGAUGAUCAUAUUUCUAUCUUUAACUGGCCGGCUAGAAUAAGUGAGUUAAAUUUGUUGAAUAAAAAUACAAGACUCAGAACAAGAUUGUAUUUAUCACCAUUCGAAUAUAAUCGUCCAAUAAUGCGUAAAGAAUUAGAGACUCUAUUUCAAAAAUCUAUAACUACAGAAGAAUUGGCUUCAAUGGCGUGGUUACUUGGGUUUUGGUUAGGUGAUGGCCAUAAGCGUGAUCCAUACUUUGCCAUUAAUAGGGAAGACGUAGAUGUUAAUAGUACUCUGGAAGAAUAUGGUAAAAUUUGGGGGAUGGAAACCAAGUAUUGGGCAAACCCUCAUACUAAGGGUGGUACAGCUGAAAUGGGGCUAUCCCAGCCGCACAGAUUGACAUUCAAUCUAGUACAUUCACCAUUAUGGAGGGCUAUAAAUAAAUUACAAUUUCUUCUCGAUAAAAAGAAGAAUUUCCCCAUUAAAUAUGUGAUGGAUGAGCGAAUUGUUAGAGAGUCCCUGAUUGCUGGGUUAAUUGACAGUGACGGCCAUUCCGAUUUAUCUCGUUGUUAUAUUUUUUGGAUCGUUUCAGUGUAUGAUCCAAUUAGAGUCGGCAUCACCAAAGUCUGUAGAUCUCUUGGUUUAAACCUCUACACACAUUUUCGCCCUGCACAUAUUAAUAAUGACGGUUGGCACUGUCUUGAUAUUUUCGCUAUGGGAGUUACACCAGGUUCCAAUUUCCAAAUUUUUGAAUCAGUUCUUUCGCGUUGCGGAUGUAUAAGAAAGAAGACGGCCAAGGGAAAUUUAAUGUCCACUCUAAGUAUGAAUGCUUUUGAUGAUUCAAUUAAGAAAAUUAGCCCACCAUCUCCACCAUUAUUCAAUGUCCAAAAUGACGUUAUUGAGGAAUGCUUUGAUGUGACUCUCACUACCUCAGAAGGUGUGUUGAUUACUGAGGACAACAUUGUUGUUUGUACUAAACCAGUUGGUGCAGAAAUGAAGUGCUGCUCCUGUGGUACCACUGAGCUAGAAGAAUGGUCCCCAGCUCCAUGGCAGACCAAUUUGACAUCUUCUUCUGUGGUUAAGAAACUCUGUAAACUUUGCUACAAAAAUUUCAGACUAUCCAGAACAAGAUGUAACGAUGACAAAUGUUUGACGAUUCCGACAAGGUCGCAAUAUGAAGAACUAGAAAAUCGUGGUGAAGAACUGAACUGUUUCAAAUGCGGAGGAAUCAUGAAAUUGGAUUCUAAAAUGGAGGUAUUAUACGGGCUAAUUAUAGGUUCGUGUGGAAGUUGUAAUAAUACACAAUCGAGUAAAUGGAGGACUCAUCCUAUUUACAAACAAAUGAAGGGGUGCUCCGGGUGUAUGACCAAGUAUUACAACACAAGAACAAUAUGUGGUUCUAUUUCCUGUCUUCACAUUCACAGUUUGAAAGAAGCUGCAAAGAUACGUUUAAAUUAUCGGAGAUUCCAAGGGGUUGAGUUUUGUGAUAUUUCCACUUUGGAAUGUAUCAAAUGCAGAUUCCCUGUAAAUGUAGACACAAGUAGACCACUAGCUAUUUCUAAGAUGAAAAUGAAACCCGGGACUUGCCAGAGUUGCUCCAGGAUUGAAGAUAAGAAGUGGAGACCAGUACCCUGGAGCAAGUUCGUAGAUCAUCAAAUGCAAUCAAAUGCUAUGGUCANUUUUUCUCGUACAGCAACAAGAUGUCUCCAAGCCACCUGUGGAAAAAUUAUAACAACGGGACAAUUAACUCAAAUGAAGAAGAAGGCAGAGAUACCCGGUAUACUAGAAGAUGGGAGGAGUGUCAAAGGUUAUCCAUGCUUCCAUUGUGAAGGAUCAACUUUCACCGAUUCAAAGAAAAAGUUGACAAAAGAUAGGAAAGCCUCCAUGGGAAUACUUUGCUUUAGCCAUGGAGGCCAAAUUGAAGGACGUGCCAGAAACCUUCCUUGGGAUACGGAUAGUCCAGAACAGAUUUGUGGAGCAUGUUAUAGGAGAUACUCAAGAUCCAAGACACGCUGCCUGAGUUGCAAAUACAUGGUGACGACAGCAGAAUUUAAGAUCCAAGCUGCCAAGGGGUUGUUGAGGGAACGUACUGUUGGUAAGGAUGGUAGGAAAGAGAAAUUCUACACGUGUAUCAAAUGUAAUCAGGAGGCAGUCUCCUUAGUUGCUAAGUAG